GUGAACAGAGGGACUAAGCUAGCAAGGAAGGAGUAACUUUAAGCCUUGAGAAAAGCCCUCCAACUCUACCAUGACUCUCACUGAGAUUAUCUUCAUCUUGACCGGGACUUGCGCCGUCCUGUUUUUUGGAGGGAAACUAGUAUGCCUUGUUAUGGUGCUUGCCCCGAAGCUCUACUAUCCUCUUCCUGACUCUUUUUUCACCUCUCUGGGGAAAUGGGCAGUGGUCACUGGAGGUUCAGAUGGAAUAGGCAGAGCUUAUGCACAAGAGCUAUCUAAACAUGGUAUGAAUGUGGUCAUUAUCAGCAGAAAUCAAGGGAAGCUUGACAGAGCAGCCAGGAAGAUUGAGCUCACUACAGGAGGGGAAGUCAAAACAAUAGCUGCUGACUUCAGCAAGGAUGAUAUAUAUGGACACAUUAAGGAAAACAUUGAGGGUUUGGAUAUUGGUAUUUUAGUCAACAAUGUUGGGAUUCUGCCCAAUCAAAUACCCUGCAAGCUGCUUGAAACAGCUGAUUUGGAAGAGAGAAUACAUGCUGUAAUCAACUGCAAUGUGAAAGCCAUGGUUAAGAUGUGCAGAAUUGUGCUACCAGGAAUGCAGGAAAAAGGAAGGGGAGUCAUUCUGAAUGUGUCCUCUGGGAUAGCCAAAAUACCGUGCCCCAUAUAUACCUUGUAUGCAGCAUCUAAGGUUUUUGGCGAAAGAUUUUCACAGGGUCUUCAAGCUGAAUAUAAAUCCAAGGGGAUAAUCAUUCAGACAGUAGCUCCAUUCGGAGUUUCGACAUCAAUGACAGGAUACCAGAAUCCAGACAUGGUCACAUUCACAGCUGAGGAGUUUGUGAGAAGCUCACUAAAGUAUCUGAAGGCUGGUGACCAAACUUGUGGUAGCAUCACUCAUACCAUACUGGGUUGGAUCGUGCAGGCCAUUCCCAUCUGGGUCCUACAGAGUGAAGCGUUUCAGCAUCACUUUAAGGAAUAUGUGAAGGAGAGGAUCAAAGGCUGAGAGUUUUCAUUCUCUCAUGUAUAUAGCUGCUGAUUUGCAAGUACUAAAUAUACCUAAAUUGUGUAUUAAUGAUCAUGUUUGUUAACACUAAUUAUGACAGCCAGGGAGAGGAAGAAAAAAGUAAACAGACCUCUGUUUGUUUGUGGUCCUUCAAAAUAUGCUGUAUCAGAUUUGAUAAUGGAAUUUAAUUAUCAUUAAUAAGGUUGUUUCAUAAUCAUAUCAAUAGACCUUAGAGACUCUGGGAGAGACAAUUAACAGACAGACUGUCUCCCAAAUGUCAAAUGAUAGAGAUGAAGAGAGAUAUGUUACCUUGUUUUGUUUUUAAUUUUUGGUCUAAAUUUUCAGAUUGGGAAAUGUUUGCUCUUAUUUAAAAACAUUUUAAAAUCAUGUUUUUAUCAGCAAGCAACAUAUCUACAGAACACUUCCACAGAUAUUCAGCACCACACAGUGGUUAAAUGUACUUCCACAUGAGGCACUUUAAAUGGAAGAGUUCAGCCAUAAAUUAAAAUUCUCUCAUCGUUUACUCUCUCUCAUACCAUCCUAGAUAUGACUUUUUUUAUUCUGAAGUACACAAAUUAAUAUUUUUUUUAUAAUAUCUCAGCUUUUUAGGUCCUUACAUACUGUACAAUACAGUAAUGCAAGUGAAUAGUGACCAAAACUUUGAAGCUCCAAAAAGCACAUAAAGGCAGAAUGAAAUUAAUUCAAGACACCAGUGGUUUAAUCCAUGUCUACUAAAGCUAUCUAAUCUGUUUUGGGUAAAAUAGACUAAAAUAUACCUCUUUUUUCACUGUACAUCUUGCCCUUGUAGACUUUAGGCACGAUUAUGAUUUCAAUCUCGAUUACACAUCCUAGUGCUUGACGCAUGGGCAGAGCGCUAGAUGGCGCUAGAAAGCUUAAAAUCAUGAUUGCCAAGGAUACUGCUGAUGUCAAGAUUUACAGUGAAAAAGGAGUUAUAUUUUGGUCUGUUCUCUUAAAUCGAUUGGAUUGCUUCAGAAGUCACAUGGAUACUUUUAUGCUGCCUUUGUGCUUUUUAGAGCUUCAAAGUUUUGAUCACCAUUCACGUGCAUUGUAUGGACCUUCAGAGCUAAAAUGUUCUUCUAAAAAUCUUUGUGUUCUGCUGAAGAAAGAAAGUCAAACAUAUCUGAGAUGGCAAGAGGGUGAGUAAAUGAGAGAAUUUUCAUUUUUGGGUGAACUAUUCCUUUAAAGCAAUUGGUGUCAGCCAAUUUUAAAUGACGUAUGCGUUGUUUUUGUGCAAUUUCCUUUUUAAAAUUGUAUUUAAUAGGCUGCUCUGUUAUUUGUGUUUAUUGCAAAUUACGAACAUGUCUACAUCUUUGUGUAAAGACUCUGUACCAGUGUCGUUGCACUAAUUACUUUUAAUCUUACUUACAUUAAAAGAAAUCUGUUUUACCAAGGACAGAA